ACGUUUGUAUAAUAAAGAAGUUAAAGAUAUACUGGAUAUCCUCUUUUGUUCUCCCUGUUGAUAUCCACAAACUCUAUCCGACCAGUCGACGCAAGCCGCACGCAGACCGCAAGGCUGUGAUUGGUCGGCUAACUACAUCAUUUCCGGAGUCUCACAUAUUUCCGGUUUCAUCCCCUCAAAUCAUAAUACCGCCAUUUUUUUAAAUCCAAGGCAGAAACCAAGGAAGAUUUGAAGAGCGAACAUGAACCAAAUCGAAGAGCGAUUAGCAGAAGAGGUCAGGAAACACGAGCACUUGUAUAACCCGUAUCGCACGGACAAGGACCCACAGACCGCGUACAAUUCCUGGAAGGUGAUCUCGGCCAGCGUUGGUUUGGAGGUGCUGGAUUGUUCGACGCUGUGGCGGAAGAUGAGGGACAGAUUUGUCCGCCAGAAUAAGGCCAUGACGGGCAGCGGUGACUCGAAAGCCACUGCCUUUUAUAUAUUCCUGUCGUGGUUGGAACCACACAUAAGACACAGAGAGACGUCGUCAAAAUACGAUAAGCCCUCACCUUGCAACGUAGCCACGAAGAAAGGACCUUCGUUAUCCACCUCAGUUUCUCGGCUCCCCAGUUUAUCGGCUCGGCGAUUAGCAGAGGAGGUCAGGAAACACGAGCACUUGUAUAACCCGUAUCGCAAGGACAAUGACCAACAGACCGCGUACAAUUCCUGGAAGAUGAUCUCGGCCAGCGUUGGUUUGGAGGUGCUGCGUUGUUCGACGCUGUGGCGGCAGAUGAGGGACAGAUUUGUCCGCGAGAAUAAGGCCAUGACGGGCAGCGGUGACCGGAAAGCCACUGCCUUUUAUAAAUUCCUGUCGUGGUUGGAACCACAUAUAAGACACAGAGAGCCGUCGUCAAAUUACGAUAAGCCCUCACCUUGCAACGUAGCCACGAAGAAAGGACCUUCGUUAUCCACCCCAACACCUGAGGCCCCCCCCGAGACAUUCACCUCAGUUUCUCCGCUCCCCAGUUUAUCGGCUCGGCGAUUAGCAGAAGAGGUCAGGAAACACGAGCACUUGUAUAACCCGUAUCGCACGGACAAGGACCCACAGACCGCGUACAAUUCCUGGAAGAUGAUCUCGGCCAGCGUUGGUUUGGAGGUGCUGGAUUGUUCGACGAUGUGGCGGAAGAUGAGGGACAGAUUUGUCCGCCAGAAUAAGGCCUUGAGGGGCAGCGGUGACCAGAAAGCCACUGCCUUUUAUAAAUUCCUGUCGUGGUUGGAACCACACAUAAGACACAGAGAGACGUCGUCAAAAUACGAUAAGCCCUCACCUUGCAACGUAGCCACGAAGAAAGGACCUUCGUUAUCCACCCCAACACCUGAGGCCUCUGUCCAGCCAUCCACCCCAACACCCGAGGCCUCUGUCCAGCCAUCCACCCCAGCCACACCUGAGGCCUCCCCCGAAACAUCCACCUCUUCACCCGAGGCCUCUGUCCAGCCACCCACCCCAACACAUGAGGCCUCCCCCGAGACAUCCACCUCAGUUUCUCCGCUCCCCAGUGUACCGGCUCUGUCCACCCCUCCAGCCGCCAUGAGGCUGGCAUCUCCUCUGUCCCGCAGGGGCCGGAAGAAAAGGCAGAGGGCGCAGAGGGGGAAGCACGACAGGCAGAGGUGGCAGAGAGGGCAGAGGGGGCAGUACGACAGGCAGAGGGGGCAGGAUGACGGGCAGAGGAGGCAGGACGACAGGCAGAUGAUCCGGCUGGACGGGCAGAGGAGGCAGGACGACGGGCAGAGAGGGCAGGACGACGGGCAGAGGAGGCAGGACGACAGGCAGAUGAUCCGGCUGGACGGGCAGAGGAGGCAGGACGACGGGCAGAGAGGGCAGGACGACGGGCAGAGGAGGCAGGACGACAGGCAGAUGAUCCGGCUGGACGGGCAGAGGAGGCAGGACGACGGGCAGAUGAUCCGGCUGGACGGGCGCAGGCUGGACGGGCAGAAGAAGAAGAUGGGGGUCAGGGAUGAGUAUUCUAGAUUUGGUGAGCUGGUGGCUGCUAUGAUGAGCAGGGUGCAGGAAGAUAAGAGGGCCGAAGCAAUGAACUCUGUGUACAGCCUGUUGGACAGAAGCAAUGCACUCUGGGUACAGCCUGUUGAACUGAAGCAAUGCACUCUGGGUACAGCCUGUUGGACUGAAGCAAUGCACUCUGGGUACAGCCUGUUGGACUGAAGCAAUGCAGACUGACUGUGUACAGUGUGACGACCCCUCCACGCCACUAGGAGUCUUUUCCCUCUUGCUGGCCCUUUUCCAGGUUUCCUGUUUGGAGUGGUGGGUCAUCAGGCCUGAUGAGUUACACCUGUGGCCGGUUUGGCUCUGUGGCCUAUACCAGCACUCCUUCUCCAGUUCCCGGGAGAGAUCCCUUCCCCGUUGCAGACGGCUGCGUUUUGACUGUUGUUAUCCUUAUUUCAUUAUCUU